CUCUGUUGCCUCUUCACCGACGACGUUACCCUGUAGAGCUCGUACUGCUCCAUCUCUCCGUUUACCAGAGUACACGUCGGCCACAUCACGACAGUCAGGCACUCAUCUUGUCGCAUACUUGUAACAUGGCGUCGAAUGUUCACAUCUCCAAACACCCCUGCGUGAGGGCGAAGCUGAGCCAAUUGCGCUCUCGCUCCACCAACGCAAGGGAAACCAAUGCUCUCGUACAUGAGAUCGCCACCAUGGUCGGCAGUGAUGCUCUGGCUCACGGCCUUGACAUUGUCGAGACCGGCACCGACUACUCGCCCCUUGGCUACGAAUACCACACCGAGCAUGUGUCGCCCGAGAGAAUCUGCCUGGUGCCCAUCCUGCGCUCGGGGCUCUCCAUGAUCCCCGCCGUGCAAGCCCUACUGCCCUCUCCCGUACCAGUCAAUCAUUUGGGCAUGUACAGGGAAAAGAGCACCUUGCAGCCGGUGGAGUACUACAACAACCUGCCCUAUCACAAGACCGACGACCCCCCGGCCGCGGAGCUGGCCAUCGUUGUCGAUCCCAUCAUCGCCACCGGCUCGACCAUCUGCGCCGCCAUCGACACCCUCCGCGAUUGGGGCGUGCAGCGCAUCAUCGUCAUCUCGGUGUUGGCAAGCGAAGACGGCUUGCAGCGAGCCGCCGACUCUUGGCCCGGCGCCGUGGAGCUAUGGGUGGGAGGCGUUGAUGCUGAGACGGAUGACCGAGGCAUGAUCAAGCCGGGUCUGGGAGAUAUGGGUGAUCGGCUAUUCCUCACGGUGGGCAAGUAAUCCUAAACACCCCGGGGCCCCGG